AUACUGCACAGGCAAGGGGUGAAAGGUCACAAAAAUGGCGCUGGCCGUCAGUCUUCUACCCCGCUUGCUGCUUUCUCGGCCUGUGCCGGGCUCGGCCGCCCGACUCUGGACUCCCGGUUCGGCCGACGUGUGGCCGCCAUUGGCUGGACUUUGCUGCUUCUGCCGCCGCCGCCUCGGCUCGGGAGCGGCCCCAUUUCCUCGAGUCUCUUGGGCCUCCGCGGCCUUGGCGCUGCCUGCUCGGGCUCCUCAGCGUCCCCUGCUCAGCUCUCUGGGACUCCGCACAACCCUUCCCGCUUUCCCUUUCUGCCCUCGGCGAACCUACAGCACCGAGGAGCAGCCCCAGCAGCGCCAGAAAACCAAGAUGAUCAUCCUGGGGUUCUCCAACCCCAUCAGCUGGAUUCGGACUCGAAUUUACUCCUUCCUUAUCUGGGCCUAUUUCGACCAAGAGUUCAGCAUCGCAGAAUUCACGGAGGGAGCGAAGCAGGCUUUUGCUCAUGUGUCCAAGUUGCUGUCACAGAGUAAGUUUGAUCUACUGGAAGAACUUGUGGCCAAAGAGACACUACGUAUAUUGAAAGAAAAGGUUACUUCACUACCUGACAACCAUAAAAAUGCCCUUGCUGCUGACAUAGAUGAAAUUGUAUAUACAUCAACAGGAGACAUCUCCAUUUACUACGAUGAGAAAGGAAGGAAGUUUGUUAACAUCCUGAUGUGCUUUUGGUAUCUAACCAGUGCCAACAUCCCCAGUGAAACUAUAAGUGGAGCCAGUGUGUUCCAGGUUAAGUUGGGGGAUCAGAACGUGGAAACUAAACAACUUCUUAGUGCGAGCUAUGAAUUUCAGAGGGAGUUUACACAAGGAGUAAAACCUGACUGGACCAUUGCACGGAUUGAACACCCAAAGUUAUUAGAAUAAUCGAUCUUGGAAAAAUCAGCUUAUUGGACUUUUAGCAAUUACUGUGAAGAACUAAGGAAGAAAAAAUUUUCAGAUCAGUUGAUCUUCACUUAAUCAAGUCUGUGGAUUACUUUUGUAUUAUUUUGAAAUACUCCUUGUAGUAAAUUGGCAUGAUACAAUAAAGCAUUUUCCACAGAUUGUCAUCACUUUCUGUAGAAGAAGUCAAAGUAAAAAAAUUACAGCAGCCCAUCAUUGGCAUCAUAUUCAGUAUCAUUUCUAAUGUUACAUGUAUAUGUAUAUAUACACAAACUCAUUUUAUAGACAAUAAAGAAGACAUUGAAAAAAUUACACAUUUCUAAAUUAAUAGUCCUUAAAUAUUUUAUUUGUGGUUAAUACACUUAUACCAAUAAUUCAUGUAUGUGUAAGAUUUAUUUUUAAAAAUCACUGCUGCUAUUUGAUUACCUCUUUGGUCACUAGCUGGAUGAGAAAGAACAGAUGGAAUUAUAGCAGAUGGGUCACUACAGUACUAAAAAUCAGUGAGGCUUACUAAAGCACAAAGAGAAAAAAGAAAAAAACAGUAACUUACUCCCCUAUGAAGUAAUAUCAAGUCUUCUAACAUACUUGUAUUUGGACUCCUAGAAGUUGGGUUAGGGGAGACAAAAACAAUGUAAGAAAUAAUGUCUGAAAGUUUUCCUAAUUGAUGAAAACUAUAAACCCACAGAUCCAAGAAAUUCAACAAGCAGGGAAGCACAUAAAGAAAACCUCACUAAGGUACAUCAUAAUCAAAUUGCUGAAAACUAGAGAAAAUUAGAAAAGCAGCUAGAGAAAAUUAGAAAAGCAGCUAGAGAAAAAAAAAAGACACAUUCCAUACAGAGAAUGACUGUAUUUCUUUUCUCAAACUAUGCAGGUUAGAGGCCUUGGCAUGACAUCUUUAAAGUACUGAAAGAAAUAAACCUGUUGACCUAGAAUUCUAUAUUCAGCAAAAAUAUCCUUCAGAAAAGGUGAGAAAAGACUUUUUCAGACAAGGAAAAGAUGAGAGAAUUUGUUGACGGAAGACCUGUUUUAUAAGAAAUGUUAGGGGCUAGUGGACAGAAUAGAGUAAAAGGACCCAUGCAUAUUGGACAACUGAUUUUUGACAAAGGUGCCAUAGUUAUUCAAUGAGAAAAAAAAAGUCUUUUUAACAAAUGGGUAACUAUAUAUUCAAAUAGGAAAUAACCUCAUCUCUCACCUCACACCAUACACAAUUUUAGUGCAAAAUUUAGAUUGCAAAAUGGAUCAUAGACUUAACAAAAGCUAAUACUCUAGAAAUUGUAGAAGGAAACAUAGAAAUUGCUGUCUUGGGAUAGAGAAAGAUUUCUUAGGAGACAAAAAGUGUGAAUCAUGAAAGAAAAAUUUAUAAAUUGGAAUUUAUUAAAAUUAAUACUUCUGCUCUUUGAAAGACAGCAGUGAGAAAAUGAAAAGCCAAGACACAGAUUGGGAGAAACUAUUUGUAAUACAUAUAUCUGACAAAGGGACUGUAUCCAGAAUAUAUAAAUAAUGCUCAUAGCUUAAUAACAAAAAAUUAAACAGCUUUGUACAGCUAUCAUGACUUAUCAAACUGUGGACUUAAAAUGGGUACAUUUUGUUAUAUGUAAAUUAUCAUAU